UAACACUACCAAAUAAUAUAAUCUAGUCUUCUGUUAUUUGUGCGUCUCUUAAAUAAGUUGCAUUUUUGGAGAAAUCAAUAUUUGUAUAUCCCAGCUGUUUAAGGAAUCUUACCUUUGUUAUAGGUACUAAAAGAUCAAGGCAACAUUUUUAUCUGAAUAUUCUCGAAAAGUCUUAAGAAUGUGGGACAUGACAGAGCAACAAUAUUAUGGGGAUAUGUCAGAUGUGAGUUAUGAAGAAGUCUCUUCCCCUUGGACGGAGUCCCUCGAAAAGCUACGAACUCAAAUGAAUCGCAUCGAUGAGCAUAUCUACAAGCAUAUUACUCGCGAAGGACAUGAAGAACGGGAUCCUGUGCCGCCUAAGGCUCGGGUUUCGAUAAGGUACAGGGCCUAUUGGGAAGCCGAGAGCACCGCCUUUAAAUCCUCCAAACUGCUCGAAUUUGAGACUGGUGGCGAUAUGGUCCUCCAAGGACUGGAGACUGCUGUUCGUACCAUGCGCCCCUACGAGAAAGCCGACUUUGUUAUAUCCUUUGAGCUGCUCUUUGGAGAGCAGGGAUCUCCGCCUCUGAUUAAACCCAAGGCGGAUGGAUUGUUCCAAGUGGAGAUCAUCGACUACUCGCCGAUCGAUGAAAACCAAAUCCCCGAGGAAGAGCGCGACAAGUUCAACGUGGUUUAUCCCAAGGCAAAGGACUUUUACCAGGAAGGCAAGAUUUGGGUGAGGCGCUGCCAUUAUCGCAAUGCGGUGACCUCUUUUCAGAAGGCAAUUAACUUCUUGAAGACCUGCCGCAUGACGAAUUCCGAGGAAGAACGACAGAAAACCGAUCUUUUAAUUAACCUCUUCCAAGGCCUGAUGAUCUGCUACAACAAUUUGAACAGGCCAAAGUGCGCCUGCAACGCGAUGAAGGAACUGCGGCUUAUCACCGGAAACCAGCCAUCCUGGAGGGCACUCUUCCAGGAGGGUCGUGCCUUGACUUCUUUGGGGGACUACGAUCGUGCCCGCAUAUCCUACCAGCGGGCUCAGGAAAAGCAUCCGGACAACCAGGACAUCGAGGACGAGAUUACCAAAAUCACCAAGAGGGUCAAUAAUCUUCAGGUGGCCAAAAGAGAACUUUGGGAGCGGUCUACUUAGAUUUGAACAAGAACUGUAAGGAUCCAAGU